ACAAGAGUUUUAAGCCGAUAUUAUCGAUAUUACCAUUCUUCCUCUCUUCACUCAAAGGCAAGCUGAACUACUAUUUGCCCAAAUGGAUGCGUUUAAUUUUCCAUCAAGCACAGCCUCAGAUAUAGCCCAUUUUAUUCAGCUCUAUUCUUCCUCUACAAUUCUUUCCAUUCUCCUCUCCGCAAUUGUUCUAAUAACUGUUCUCUCUCUCCAUAGAACGCAAAACCACUACUCCCUAAAACUCCCCCCUGGUAACUUAGGCUUCCCUCUGAUUGGAGAAACAAGACAAUUCUUGAAGGCGCUACGAUCAGACACAACACAACAGUUUUUCGAUGAGAGAGUGAAGAAAUUCGGGGCCGUUUUCAAGACAAAUAUAACUGGGCAUCCCACAGUAGUACUAUGGGGGCCAGCGGGAAACCGUCUGAUUCUGUCGAACGAGGGGAAGCUGGUGCAGAAUUCAUGGCCAGAGUCUUUCAUGCGGCUCUUAGGAAAGGAAUCAAUCGGCUCCAAAAGUGGAGAGGAGCACCGCAACAUACGUUCUGCACUAGUCCGAUUUCUGGGUCCUCAAGCAUUACAGAGGUAUAUGCCCCAAAUGGAUCUGGAAAUCCAACGCCAUAUCAAUGAAAAAUGGCUGGGGGAAACCCAAGUGAAGAUGGUUCCUCUGGUGAGGGAGCUAGUCUUUGCCAUUGGGACUGCGUUGUUUUUUGGUUUACGUGAGGAGAAAGUGAGAAGACAGAUUUAUCAUCUUUUCGAAACUGUUGUUCUGGGUGCGAUGUCUGUUCCGCUAGACUUACCAGGAACUCGUUAUCGCAGAGCCUGUGAGGCUCGCGCAGAGAUUGAUGAAAUUCUGUAUUCUUUAAUAGAGAAAAGAAGAGCUAAGCUGAGUUCAGAAAUGGCGUCUAGUGAUGAUGAUUUGCUGACCACCUUGCUUACAUUCAGAGAUGAAAGAGGGAAUCCAUUCACAGAGGAGGAGAUCCUCGAUAACUUCAAUGGGAUGCUUCAUGCAUCGUAUGAGAGCACAGUUUCGACUCUAACGUUGUUUUUUAAGGCCUUGUCCUCCAAUCCGGAGUGCUAUGAAAAAGUUGUUCAAGAACAAAUGGGAAUUCUUUCAAAUAAAAAGGAUGGAGAAGAAAUCGGCUGGAAAGAUAUUAAGGAAAUGAAAUAUACAUGGCAAGCUAUUCAAGAAUCAAUGCGCAUGGUUCCUCCAGGUUUUGGAGGAUUUCGCAAGGCCAUCACUGAUAUUCAUUACGAGGGUUAUAUAAUUCCAAAGGGAUGGAAGCUUUUAUGGACAAGUUAUAGCACUAAUUUGAAAGAAGAGUACUUCAGUGAGCCAGAGAAAUUCAUGCCUUCACGAUUCGAUAACGAGGGAAGGAAUGUUGCUCCUUACACAUUCUUACCUUUUGCAGCAGGUCUGCGAACUUGCCCAGGAUGGGAAUUUUCAAAGACAGAGAUAUUACUUUUCACGCAUCAUUUUGUUAAGACUUUUUCGAGGUAUACAGCAAUUGAUCCAAAUGAAAAAGUAUCAGCAGAUCCAUUCCCUCCUCUCCCACGUAAUGGUUUUCCUGUAAAACUUUUUCCCAGAUCCUAAACCAAUCCAUUGAGGCAAUUAUGGAAGUUUUUCAAGAGCUAGUAAAUAGAUGUCGUAAUAGAUUAAAGAUUGUAGCUUAGUUGUAGACUCGGUAUUUAACUUUUGCUAUGAAAUAUAUAUUCUCAAUCUUUGUCC